UUCCACCUAACUGGGAAGUAGAAUCAGAGGAAGGCGGACAAGGUUAUUAUUUUUACAACAAAGUUACGGGUGAAAUGAGGCCAUCCCAUCCGGCAGAAGCAAGCAAUAAUGAGUAUACCAUGGAGAACGGGUCCAUCUCCAGCGCAGCCGAAUCGGUGGAUCGGGAUCCGCAAUCCAUUGGACCCGACAGCCCUCUUACAGCGCACUCAUUCCCGGAUAAAUCUAUGGACGCAAGUCAUCGCAGCGACGAAAAUAGCUGGGAUAAGACAUGGACGGAACGUUUGACAAACCAUGGCAGGAAAUAUUAUCAUAAUAGUCAGACAAAUGAAACCACAUGGAUACACCCUUUUGAAACGGAGAAAACGGUAAUGUGUUACACAUGCCAAUCAAACCUUGCAGAUGUAUGAUCUUUCAACGCGCGGCAUUACUAAAAAAUUUUCCUUUCCAAACCCAACAGGUCAAUACCGAAGGUCACAAUGGCAGUGUCGUCGAUUCAUCAUCCGAAUUGGACACCGCUUCACGUCAUCUAAGCUCUCUAUCGAUAGAAGAUACUGAAUGGCAGACAAGUUGGCCCCAGAUUUCAUCCAAAAUAGCUAUCUCCAUUCAUAACCUCAAUACCGCUGCCAAUCUGGGCCAAAAAACGAAAUUCGAAUAUCUGACAAUGGCUGUGGUGAAGGUUAUACGUACAACUUUGUACUGUUCAAAUACCAUGGACAAAGAAGCAGCACCCCUCAAGAACGAUGCAAACUUGAGAUCAGCACAUCGACAGCUCGUGGCAAGUUUAGCUAAACUAGUUAUAUCAGCUAGCGUGGGGAGCAGCGACACUGUGCCUGAAAGUAUACCAAAGAUGCAAUCGGAUUCCCAUGAGCUUUUAGCGGCAGUUCGAAACUUUACCGAGGUUUGCCAGGAACAAAACGUAACUAUCACAAAAAUCCAUCCCACCCUCAAAUCCGAUCAUCAUAAUGUGCUUCAAAAAGCCGGAAAGCGACCUGGAUCUCGACACCUUUUGCAGAAUAGAAUCAUGAUUGUGUUGCGCGCGCUACAAAAGUCAGCGAUCAGAUCCUCAGAUUCGUUACAAGCUAUUGCUGCUGGUAUGCGCGAAAAUGCACCCAAUACCACCGGUCCUACCCUAUUAUCAGAAUUCGGGAAUUAUGCAAGCGUUAUUAGCCACUUCUUAUAUGCCAUUGAGGACAUUCAAGCUAGUCAUCGAUAUCCGGAGGACUUACAACUAAUUGAGCUGAAGCAGGGCUUGUACGACGAUCUAGGCUCUGUUUUCGUUUCCAUUCAGGCCAUGACGGAUUCUAACCUAAGCUCUAUCCAGGCAGAAGACAACAUCUUAUUAUGGUUACAGCGUAUUGAUAGGCAUAUGAAUCUCGGUGUGCAAAUCAUAGAAAAUAUGGUUGAACAAUAUGGAGAAAACCAUCCUGAAAUGGAUAUCGUCGUACCUAUCUCUCCCAACAAUCGAAGUUCAGCUUAUGCUCAUCGUCGACUCUCUCUCAGCAUGCUGAAUGACUCUAAUUUUGCUUCAGAUGCAUCUGAUUUCAACAAGGAUACCACCGAUGUCGACAGUGGGGAUGAAUCGGUUGAUUCCUUUACAAGCGCUGUCCAGACGGUUGGUAAUGGCCCUGGCGGCUUGGAUAUGGACAAUCGCCCAGUGAAACCGUUUACUAUGAACGAUUUCGAACACGAUCUUAACAUCUCUCUUCUCGACGACGAUGGCAUGUCUCACGAUUCGCUUGAUUCUCUCCACGGUCGGUCGAUCGACUCUGGUGAAUUUCGUUCACGCCACCGCCCUGUUUCGGACUCGUUCCCAAAAAAUAGAACUCAAAUAGAUGCAGGCAGUGGGGGAUUGCAAAGAUCAGCCACAGCUUUAGAUUUGGAGACCGUCCAAUCUUCAGCUAAGCAAGACAAGUUGAAAAAGUUCUUUGGUGAAGAUGCAGCCGUCGCGGCAGAAGCUGCUGCCUCCGGCAAACCUACUGGCCAUGAUACCCCGUCCUUCCUAGGUUAUGACUAUGAACCAGCCGAUAUUGUCGAGAAUAUGGAAGGCGAAGUGAAAGGUGGUACACUGUUUGCACUCACCGAACGCUUGACCUCACAUAAGUUCUUGGAUACCAACUUCAACGGAACCUUUUUGUUGACGUAUCGAUCGUUUUGCACGACCGAAGAUCUUAUGAGCAUGCUUGAGGCACGUUACACUCUCAUGCCACCGGCUAAUUUAAAUGCAGAAGAGUUGGAAAUUUGGACGGAAAAGAAGCAAAAACUCAUUCGAUUACGAGUGUUUAAUGUCCUGAAGAAUUGGCUCGAGACGUAUUUUAUUGAGGAAGACAGUAUGUCCUUGGAACGACUCCAUAAAUUCACAAACUCUACCAUACGGGAUACACUGUCAUUUUCGGCCGAUCAAUUGGAUAAGUUAAUCAAAAUCCGACAAGAAACCGAUGAGCAAGGUGGCCUGCGUAAAAUGGUAUUAAAUCUCGGUGUCACUGCACCUGCCCCCAUUGUUCCCAAGAACCUGAAACGACUCAAGUUAACGGACAUUGAUCCAUUGGAGCUUGCUCGUCAAUUGACCAUUCUGGACUUCAAACUGUAUAGUUCUAUUCGACCAAUCGAGUGUUUGGAUAAGGCAUGGUCUCGGGACGAUGCCAGAGGCGAUGUUGCUGUCAAUGUCAAGUCUUCCAUUGAAUUUUGUAACCAAGUAACGGCUUGGGUGACCGAUACCAUUCUUAGCCAAAACGAAAUCCGAAAACGGUGUAAUGUCAUCAAAUACUGGGUCCAAGUUGCUGAGCGCUGCCGGCAGUUGAACAACUUUAACACCUGCAUGGCUGUCCUGUCUGCAUUCGACAACAGUGCGAUUGGGCGAUUGAAACGGACAUGGGAAGUGGUUGGUGCUCGAACGCAACACACACUAGCUUACAUACGAAAACUCAUGGGUGCAAACAAAAACUUUACAGAGUACCGUGAGAUCAUCCACUCUAUUAAUCCUCCAUGCAUUCCGUUCUUGGGUAUCUACCUUCAGGAUUUGACCUUUAUCGAAGAUGGAAACAGCAAUUUCUUGAAAAAAUCCAAAAACUUAAUCAACUUCUCCAAGCGAAUGAAGACCGCCGAGGUCAUUCGUGAGAUACAACAGUACCAGAGCGCACCAUACGCACUUGAAACCGUUAAAGAGAUACAAUAUGUUAUACACCUUAAUCUGAAAAACAGUCGAGACGAAGACACUCUAUAUGCCUUGAGUUGUGCAUUGGAGCCUCGUGAGCGUGAAGAUGAAAAGAUUGCAAGGUUGCUGCAGGAAUCAGGAUUUUUGUAGUUUCUUUGACCAAUGAUACCAAAGCAUACUAUACAUUUCUCUCUCUCUCUAUCUCUUAUUUAAUUGAAACACACCAUCUCCCUCCAUUUCAGAAUUUUCAUUCAAAUUAAACAUGAAUCACGUACGAUAUUUCCCAAGGAAUAUC